GAGCUACGAGCGUUUCCAGCUUGGGCUGUGCAAACUCCUUCCUGGGGUCGUUCCGGGGAGGGGAAUCCCCGUGCGUGGCCGGCGGCGCUCGCGUAUCUUUUCCUGCGCGCAACUCUUGGGGGCGGGCGAGGAAGAGAGGCGCCUUUUUCCUACCGAGCUCCAGAUCCGGGAGGCUUGGAGUUCAAUGGCUGGGAAACCGGCGGGCAGAAAAGGGGGCGAUCCCUCCCAGGUGCUGUUGUUUCGGGGAGUUGCUCUGGACGAGCCUCCUCCGGAAAGAGCAUUGGACAUUCCCAUGGCCUUGUCUUCACCUCCAGGAACCUCAGUUCUUUGUAAUGGAGGAUUAACAGUGGUUGAACAUCCAAUGCAGAAUUUGGUAUCAUUUGAGGAUGUAGCUGUGUUUUUCUCCGUGGAGGAGUGGGCCCUGCUGGAUUCUAAGCAAAAAGCCUUAUACCAAGAGGUCAUGCUGGAAAUCAAGAGGAACAUGGCCUCCUUAGCAGGCGACACAUGGGAGAUGGAGGAUUCUGGUCAAGAAGCAGCAGCACCUUUGCCAAAAGAGAAAAGGGAAUUUGUAGAAAAGUUGUAUGGAAAGCAAAGUUCUGAGGAAAAACAGUUAACGGUUGAGCUGGAGAAUUGCUCUGGUUUCCCAUGUGCAGAUACCAAUGUCUUAUUGGACGCAGAUGAUUGCCAAGAAAAAGAAGUGUGUCCAAGGUGUGGGAAAACACUCCAAGAUGAAUCUGGAUUAUGUGACUGUUGUGAAAGCCUUUUUGGAGAGAAACAAGAUGAAAGCAGGCAAGAGUUCUCCAGAAGGACCCUUCCUCCUUCUUUACAUGAAAUAAUACAAGAAGGAGGGGAAAUGUUCAAAUGUACAGAGUGUGCAGAAAGUUUCAGUACAAACUGCUCUCUUGUAUUACAUAAAAAGAUUCACAAAGCACAGGAUCCAAACAAAUGUCUGGAUUGUGGAAGGACCUUCAGGCAGAAAAGUCAUCUCAAUUCACAUAAGAGGAUGCAUAAAGGGGAGAAACCUUAUAAAUGCCUGCACUGUGGAAAGAGCUUCAGUCAAAAAGGUCAUCUUAAGUCACACGAGAGGAUCCACACAGGAGAAAAACCAUUUCAAUGCACAGAGUGUGGAAAGAGCUUCCGUUUCUCAGCAAACCUUAAUGCUCAUCACAGAAUCCACACAGGGGAGAAGCCCUUUCAAUGCCUGCAGUGUGGGAUGUGUUUUGCCCGUUCUGAUAGCUUGCAUGCCCACGAACGGACCCACACAGGGGAGAAAGCAUACAUGGAGUAUGGAAAGAGCUCCGGUGAUUCCAGCCACUUAAGUUUCCAUAGAAGAAUCCACAGUGGAGAGAAACUGUAUCAAUGCACCGAGUGUUGGAAGCGCUUCACUAAUGAACAGAAUCUUACUGUCCAUAAAAGGAUCCACACAGGUGAAAAGCCUUAUAAGUGCACCGAGUGUGGCAAAUCCUUCACUCGACUGGGGAAUCUCUCUCGUCACAAAAGACUCCACACUGGGGAGAAAUCAUAUGAAUGCCGCACAUGUGGAAAGAUCUUCAAUGGAAAAUAUUGCUAUUUAUCACAUAGGAGGACGCAUACUGGGGAGAAGCCCUUUCAAUGCCUGCAAUGUGGAAAGUAUUUUGCCCGUUCUGAUAGCUUGCAUGCCCACGAACGGACCCACACAGGGGAGAAACCAUACAAAUGUCUGGAGUGUGGAAAGAGCUUCGGUGAUUCCAGCAACUUAAGUUCCCAUAGGAGAAUCCACAGUGGAGAGAAACCGUAUCAAUGCACCGAGUGUGGGAAGUGCUUCAAUAAUCAACAGAAUCUUACUGUCCAUAAAAGGAUCCACACAGGUGAAAAGCCUUAUAAGUGCACUGAGUGUGGCAAAUGCUUCACUCGACUGGGGACUCUCUCUCUUCACAAAAGGCUCCACACUGGGGAGAAACCAUAUGAAUGCCACACUUGUGGAAAGAGCUUCAAUGGAAAAUAUAGCUAUAUAUUACAUAGCAGAACUCACAGUGUGGACAAACCAGUGACAGGAGAGUGGAAAGCUCUUAUGUGAUUCUGGAGAACUAACGAGCUAUAAAAGGAUUCACACAGGGGAGAAACCCUAUAGGUGCACAGAAUGUGGGAUGAGUUUUAGAAAAAAUAGUUACCUUUGUAUCCACAAGAGAAUCCACACGGGGGGGGGGGAACCAUAUAUAUGUCAUGAGUGCGGAAAAAGCUUUAGUGGAAAUCAUUCACUAAGGAUCCAUAGAAGACUUCGCUCAUGGGAGAAGCCCUAUAAAUGCCUGGAGUGUGGAAAAUGUUACAGAGACAGUGGCAAGCUUACCUUCCACAUGAGGAUCCACACAAGAGAGAAGCCAUUUAAAUGCAUCGACUGUGGAAAGAGUUUCAGAGAUGGCAGGAAUCUUACGGUUCAUAAAAGAAUUUGCACCGGAGGAGCCAUAUCAGUGUGUGGAGUGUAGAAAGAAAUCCAGAACCUGGAAUGACUUUAGUUGCCAUAAGAUGCACAGCAGGAAAAGACAACGCUAAUUGGUUUGUGUUGAUUCUCAAAAUUAGCUUCAUGUCCACAGAAGUGUCCUAGGAGACUCUGUAGAAAUGCAUGGAAUAUGGGAAGAGAUUCCAAAGCAGCAGAAAAGUCUUGAUUCAUUAAAAAGAAGAGUUGCCUUGUAAAACUAGGAAUUAAUUUUUGGAUAUUAGAUCUUUGUGCUGGUCUAGAGUAAAUAUGAUUAGAAAGAAUAAGAAUAGAAUAGAAAUAGCAUAGAAUAUAGAAAUAGGAAUGGAAGGGAAUUCUCUCAUUGGCCAAGUGUGACUGGGCAUACAAGGCAUGUGUCUCCAGUGGAUACUCUCUCAGUGUAAUAACACACAAGUGAUCAACUUUUGUCAAUGCAAAUAGCAAAGGUAACAUAUCCAGAUGUCUAUGGAGAUUGUCAGUCAUCCAGGUUGAGGUUGUCCAAAGAUGUUCUUAUCAAAAGGCAACUGGACUUUUAUCUUCCUUGCGGAGAUUUCCCUUCUUAUCCAAGAAGUUUCUUCUGUACUGAACUGAAGAAGCUUCUUGAAUAUGAAGCGAAAUGUCUUCAAGGAAAAACAAAGUAACAAAAACAUAUUUCUCUAAUGUUGGAAGGAAUCAAGCAGUGGAUCUACUACACCCAUGUGGAGAACAAAGAGAAAUAAGAUCCUCAGUGAGCACUUCACUGGGAGAAAGUGACGGAAGAGAAUGAAAUAUAGAACCAAUACGAGACUUGAGGGUGUUGUCAAAAGUAAUAACUGGAGGGAUGGUGCUGUGUGUGCACCAGUGGUGGGAUUCAUUUUUUUUUACUACCAGUUCUGUGGGCGUGGCUUGGUGGGCGU